AGUGGUAACCAAAGAAGAAAUAUUUUUUUAAUAACAUCAUUAGAUAAAUUACGCAAAGUUUACGAUAAUUUUUUUUUGUAAAUCCGAUAAUUGCUUUUGCUUUAAAUAUAAAUUGCCCUGAAGUAGAGAGACAGUAAAGUUUUCAAAAUCAAAGGAAGAGCAUCAUGAAAGUUAUUGCAGCAGUUCUCCUUUUCGUGGCUUUUGCUCACAGCGAAAAAAUAUUUUACUCGCCGGAAUUUACUCAAAAAAUUGCUGAUGCAAGGCUCGAAUGCGCCAAUACCGAGAAAGUAGAUGUAAAGCAUUUGAUGCAUUUAGACAGCGUCACCGUUUUUCCGAGCUUCGAAGAGCUCAAAUGCCACACUUUAUGUAUGCUCAAUAAGUUCAAAGUAUUGAACGAUGACCACACUCUCAAAAUGGAGGAACUCAAACCGAUGUUCAAAGACAAUGCUUCGAUCGUCACUUUGGACAAAUGCCUACCAGAAGACAAGAUAUUAGAUACUUGCGAGAAAGCAUACAAUGUUCAACUUUGCGUUAUGAAAAACUUAUAAAAAUUUCAUAUUAUAUUGUUGCAUAGUGCAAUAAAACCUUUUUAUAGAAAAUCUCUGGUUUCUCAUAUUCUGCUAGUUUUUACGACCCACCUAUGUCACAGUCUCGAAAGGAGGAUUAUGCAAAAGUCGGACAGCCAACUAUAAAAACUACGCUACGAACAAUUAACUUUCCCAAACAAUUGUAUUGAAUAUCAUCCUUUAGACCUUAUCGGCAGCGGAAGACAUAAAAACUCCCGCCGGCGCCUAUGACGUACCUCCUACUUGGCAAAUUAACCCCUAGCCUUAGAAUAUUACUUUGUAUUCAGGUCGUCCUCUUACAUAUAAGAUGACACUUAUGUUAUUUCAAGUUAGUCCUAGUCCUAGUUAGUCGGAGACUCAUGUGAGUCCUAGGAAGAACCUAGUCCUAAUAACAGUUCUAGUUUGACUCUACUCUUGACCAGCAACCUAUGCUUGUAGCAACUGGAAGCUAGAUUAAGAAUCACUAGCAUCUAAGUGUUAAAUAAAUA